UUCCCGUUUUUCCUAUCCGCCUUAAAUACAUCACGGGCUCAGUCUACGUAGCAAAUGUGACUAUACAUACGACUGGUGAAGUAUUGCUGAAGAACUUCCAAAACUGUGUCGGGCAGUAUGGUUACUCAUCUUGUAAACUUUCGUACCAUGACAAGAACAUACAGCUUACCGAUACGAUUGAAAGGUUAGGAAUCAAGGAAGGCGAUUUAGUCGAGGCAAUAGAUAGUGAAUGUGAAAAUUCAAUAGAACAUUCUAAAUUAGAGUUUUCAUUUACACCGACUAAUGCAAGAAGUUCGAUGUUAAUCUACUUGAAAACAUCUACUGAAAAAAUGGAACUGAAUGUGUAUUGGAGUGACACCAUCUUUCAAAUUAAAAACAUGAUCCAGGAUUUAAAGGGCAUUGCCACUAAUAAACAAUCCAUUAUAUUUAAUGCCGAUGAAUUAGAUGACUUUUAUACCCUAUCAUAUUACAACAUCCAAAAAGAGUCCACAUUACUUCUAGAAUCUAAAGAAAUAACUAUCUACGUGAAAAUAGAAACUGGAGAAAUAAUAGAACUUGAUUUAACGACAGAUAACACUAUCGAAGAUGUUAAAUUAAUGAUCCAGAAUAAAAAAAAUCUUCUUCCUAUCCAACAGCGUAUUGGUUUUUCUGGUAAUGAACCAAAUGAUUAUA